AAUGUAGACUAGAGUGUCAGGUGUCAGUUAAGUGUGGUUGGGGUCUUGCACAAAACUCAGGUAACUUAUUCUAAGUUUAGUGGCCCGUUCACUUCCAUCUAACACGAAUCAUAUUGAUCAGUAAUAUUGAUCUUAACUGACUUACUACCAUCCGUACAACCGUAAAAAAAACAUCAUCAAGUUGUUAUUACUACUAAGCUGCUUUGUAUCAGUAUGGGCUCACACAAUACAAAAUGUUUUAAAGACAAGCUAUUUUUAAGGACUGCACUGCUGAAUAACAAUGUCAAUAUAGGCUAAGGUGUUUGAAAUACUGCCUUUGUAACUAUCUAUAAGCAAUAUAUAGUAUAAAAACAGGGUUAAGCAAGAGUUUGAAACCCAAAGGCAUGACUGCACUGACCGCUUUGGAUACUCUGUCCUGACACUUGAUAGCCUACUUGUCAGUGAUCCUUCAUUGACAUCUAGCGGCUGAGCAUGAGGUCAACCGAGGUUCCUUCACUGGAUUACAAUUCUUAUCUCAAGCUUUUAAAAAAAUAAAUAACGGCAUUGUUAAGUGUUUGGUAAAUAUAAAUAAACGUAUCAAGUGCCUUAACAGUUUAACGUAAAACAGUUUUGCCAUGCGAAACCUUAAUCAGUGUGACGACAAGCAGUGGAGCAAUGCUAUACGAUACAUUAUGCGCAGCCAAUCAGACAACAAGAAUUUUUGACAGGCUUUUGAACUAUCCAAUUAAAUCUUUUGUAGGGUGGGGUUUAACAACUGUGAGUGAGUACUACUUGGAUUCAUCGGGCUCGUGUUUCGCAUGGUUGUUAUGAGUGGAGUGGACGUUUCAAAAAAAUUUUUUUUAUUGUGGCAUGCCAUAUACCCUAUGUUUGAAGACCGUCUCUUUAUUCUGCCUAAAUGAGUGAGAUGGAUGCUGGCGGCAAACCACCAUCUUCCCUGGAGACUCCCAGGAAGAAUAGUGGAACCCACAAACAUCUCAACCCUCCUGUUUUCUCAAGCGAAUCCAUUCCAGGCACUGAGUCUUCUGUGGCGGCUGUUUCCCCCACCUCUAGUUCUGACAGCCCAGACCCACUACCUAAAUCCAACCCUUGUUUACCUCAAGAUACCACAUCAAAAUCUAAUGUGAAACCCCCAAGCGUUCCAUCGAAAUCACCUGAGAACCCCAAAACAGCUCAUUUGUCAUCUGCAAACUCAUCAGCAUCACCACCGUCAAAAUUACCUUCUCCUAAUGACACAUCCAUUCCCAGUAGCACAGUUACUCCUGACCCAGCCUCAUCCACGGCUCCUUCCGAGGAUUCGCCGCCCACCACAGCACCUGCGACAGACUCUGGUAAAAUCCCCCGUCAACUAAGCUUUUUGGCUGCAGCCAAGAAGGUAAUAAUGCAGAAGAAAAUAAGAAAAGCUGAAGAGGAGGACAAUGCUGAAGAAUUUGAUGAUACUGAUGAGGAUCUGUCUUUUGAAGAGUUAAUGGAGAAAGCUGAGACUGGAGACCCCAAAGCACAGAGUGGACUUGGUAAAUACUACCUUAAACUGGGAGAGGAAAACGACCCAGAGGCCAAUAACCGUACAGCUGUCGAAUGGCUAGUGAAGGCAUCUAAACAGGGUCGGAGGGAUGCGGCCAAACUACUGCAGAAGUGCUGGAUGCAACAGAAGGGCAUCACAGCAGAGAAUGCACAGGAAGUGAGAAGUCUUUCAUCUGAGAGUAAGCUUGAACUUGCUGUGAGGCGGGCAGCCAUGAUGAUGUACUGGAAACUUAAUCCUGAUAGGAAGAAGAAAGUAGCCAUGUCUGAGAUGCUGGAGAAUGUCAGACAGGUCAAUGCUGUGCCAGGUGAGACUUCUGUAUGUGGUGCAAUACCUAGCGUACAAACUCAGAGGAAAAUCCUGGAGACCAUGGUGUCUAAUGAAUCUGGCUCUGAGUAUGUGGAUAUGGAAGAUUUUGUGGAGAUGACCAAAAAGUUCACAGCAAGCAUGGUGCGCACUCCCACAAGAAGCACCUCAGGCAUUGAUGUCGACAUGGAGGAAAAUGCUUUGCCGAAAAGUCCUUGUGAAGCAGCCAAAUUUGACAGGGGAGAAAACGAAGUAGCCCGGGUCACUCAUAAGCGUCAGCAGAAAUCCAGUUGGGGAAUAGGCGGCAGCGACAUGAUGCUUGCAACCAGCCACAGUGGCGCAAUGAAGAGAGCCAUGGACAUCAAAGCUCAACUCUUGGUUUUGCAGUAUCCUUUCCAUGCCAUUUUUGCGAUGAAAGAACACUUAAUUGACUGGGCAUCCCGUGCUGGCGUACAGUGGCUGAGCACCAUUAUCCCAACGCAACAUGUCAACGCCCUUAUCUUCUUCUUCAUCAUCUCCAAUCUAACCGCUGAUCUGUUCGCCUUCAUCAUCCCGCUCAUCAUCUUCUACCUCUCGUUUAUCUCCAUGGUCAUCUGCACUCUAAGAGUCUUCAAGAGUAGCAAAGGUUGGGAGAACUUCCGUGCCCUGACUGCCCUCCUCGUAAAAUUUGAGCCAAGCCUGGAUGUGGAGCAAGCGGAGACCAACUUUGGCUGGAACAACAUGGAACAGUACCUCUAUUUUAUGAUGUCCGUGUUCUUUGUAAUCUUCACCUUCCCAAUAGCAGAUAAACAUUGGAUCCCAUGCUCGGAGCUCUUCACGGUGGCCAUCUUCUUCACAGCGCUGAGCUACAUGAGCCUGAGCCCAUCUGUUGCAGAAUAUGCACGGAGAGCAUUGUUUAUUGAGGUGGCAUCAUCUCUUUGUGCCUUAACCAGCAGGUUGCCCAAAGAUAUGAAGAUGGCCAGGAUGCUAGGGCGGACGUUUACAACGAUUCCUGUAGGAGAAUCGUUGGUGCUGGAGCUCAGUGUACCUUGUGUGCUUUACAUCUACUUGCUGUACCUGUUCUUUAGUAUGGCACGUGUGAGGGGAUUCAAAGGUACGUACUGUUUCCUUGUGCCGUACCUGGUCUGCUUCGUGUGGUGCGAGUUCUCUGUGGUUCUGCUCCAGAACUCAACCACCAUCGGUCUGAUCCGUACCUGUGUGGCUUACUUCCUCUUCCUGUUCGCCUUGCCUGUCCUGGCUUUGGGCCUGGCAGUAAUGCUGUUGAUUCAGCUGGUUAAAUGGUUUGUGGAACUGGAGUUAACCAAAAUGCUGGUGACCCUUGCCGUGUGCGCUGUGCCUGUAACCCUGAGGCUCUGGACGCGAUUCAGCCUUUCCAUUCUCACUGUCUUCCACACCAUCACUCAUAGAGGUCCCGUGAAACUCAUUCUCUUGUGCAUCACUACUGUGAUUUUACUUAGCGGUGUCUACAUCUACAGUGUUGAAGGUCAGAAGGUCUACAACUCCACACUCACCUGGCAGCAGUACGGUACGCUGUGCGGCCCACGUGCCUGGCAAGAUCGCGGCAUGGCUCAAACGCAGCUCUUUUGUGGCCAUUUAGAAGGUCACCGUGUCACCUGGAAAGGAAUAUUUCGACACGUGCGUGUAGCUGAGACAGAAAACGGAGCUCAGUCUGUUAUAAACAUACUACCCGUGUUCAUGGGAGACUGGUUGCGGUGUCUCUACGGUGAGGUUUACCCAAAUUGCGAACUGAAUAACAAUACAUCUCAGGUUGUGAAUGUAACAGAAGGUGUCUUAGCGCCUGUCAACACCACCCUACUGUUUCUCCAGCAGGAAGAAGAGGAACUCUGUCGGAUAAAAGCCUUUGCUAAACAUCACUGCCAUGUAAAACGUUUUGACAGUUACCGCUUCGAGGUGACCGUAGGCAGGCCAGUGGAUGGGGUCACAGAACUCGAUGAUCCAACAGGCGACAUCUUCCUGAUGGCAAGUCAUGAGUUCAGACAAGUGCUCCUGAAUAUUGACCCAGGUAGCCUGGUUGAAUUUAGCACAAAGCUUGAGGGAAAGUUGGGUACAAAGCUACCUGCUUUUGAACUGAAAGCUAUACACUGUUUGGACUGCAGUUCAUCACUCGUGCCUGAGGGACGACAAGUCAAGAUUGAGCGCAACUGGAGAAAGACAACGCUUAAAUCUAUCAAAUUUGCAUUUGACUUUUUCUUUGCUCCGUUCCUUCAAGCUAGGGUCAGUGUGUGAGGAAGAACACAGAGAAAUGUGAAUGAAAGUCAAGGCUUUUGGGAUAAAAUCUAAUUAUUUAUAUGCUUCCUAAUGGUCAAUGGCUGAAAGAAGUAUUAUUAUUAGCACCCCCAUUUUAGCAACAGUUUUUGCACAUUUCACUAUAAAAAGCUUUUUAUUGUAAAGUCUUUAUACAUAUUUGUAUGUAUUUUUUGCGAAAAAUUAUAGAAAUGUUAGAUAUUUUUAUAAACCACCGAAAUCCAAUUUGUCAAGCUUUUACAAAAUAAUGCAUACUUUAGGUUGUCAUCACAAACAAAUUACAAUGCUUUAAAUAAUUCACAAAAAUUGCUUUAUGUUAAAAAGAUGAUUAAUUAAUGUAAAAUAAAUAAGGUCAACGCUCAUGUGCCGUAGUAUUAGGGUGGCCAUUUGUGCCAGUUCCGCCGGACACAACAUACUUAGUUUUGGUAAACCAUUCUGUGCAAGCAUGUAAAAAAUAGGUCAUUGAAAUUUUGCUCCCCUUGUGAUGUCAGAAGGAGAUAAUACCGCUCCUUCUGCACUUAAUCCAACCACGCCACUGCCAUUUAGUGCAGAGAGCAGCUCAUUUGCAUUUAAAAGGACAGACCAAAACGGCACAUUUUUGCUCACACCUACAAAGUGUCAAUUUUAACAUGCUGUAAUAGAUCUAUAUGUUAUUUUGAGCUAGAACUUCACAUAGGUACUCUGGGGACACCAGAGAUUUAUUUGACAUCUUGAAAAAGUCUUGUGAAAUGUCCCCUUUAAGAACAUGCUGAAUAUUUCUAGAUUGUUAGAUGAUUUUAAAGGAUGGUCUUUUUGUAUGUUUUCCUUUUUAAAUUAUACAUAAAUCUCAGAAUCUAUAUACCAAAGUGUGUCACACUUUAAUGUGGCCACACAGUGUGUGAUGUAAAAAUGUUGGCUGUCAAAUGCAUGUGAAACCUGUUUACAAUAUCUCACAGUACAUUUUGUACGCUCUAAAAAAGUGCUGGGUUAUUUUCAACCCAGCGUUGGGUCAAAAAGGGACGAACCCAGCAGCUGGGUUGAAAUUAAUCCAGAAAAUGUUAUAUUUCAGUCCCUCCAGAAAUUUAUUGCAUAAUCAGCCAAAUUCCGCAUAUUUAUGCAGGGCAGCAUUUUUUCCAAAUACGACGCACUUUCGCCGCAUUAAUUACAGAUUUCCUCAUACAAAAUAUGCGGGGCUUUUAUAAUCCCCGCAUUUUCGUGGCAAAAAGUCACAUAUAUAUCAGCAGAAAGUUGAAAAAUGUUGCAUUUACUUCACACAAGCGCAGCCGUGUCCUCUGUUGCCAUGGCAACGUUAAGAAGUGACGUGAUUAUGUGACGUGAACAUCAUUGCAGCUUUUGCAAGUUUCCGCAGUUUUUGCAAGUUCCACAAUUUUCGCAAAUUCCAUCGCAUAAAUUGCAUAAAUAUCUCGCAUAUUCCAUCGCAUUUUUUAAGAAAACGUGCCGCAAAAUCGAGGAUAUUUGCCCGCAACAAUCACAAAAAAACAGUGUUUUUCUGGAAGGACUGAUAUUUGACCCAACAAUGGGUUAAAAACAGCAUUUUGGGUUGAAAGAAGCCAGCAUAGGUUAAAUUAUAACCCAGCGUGCUGGGCUCGUCCCUUUUAGACCCAAUAUUUUUAAGAAUGUACACUCACUUAAACUCAGCUAUUAAUUAUGUAAAAAUGAGUGCCUUAAAAAAUAAAAAGGUCCUAAUUCUGCAAGAACCACGCGCUUAGACAAGAA